AAUUCUCUCUCUCUCUCGCUCUCUCAUAGCAUAAAGCGCGCUCCCGUCGGCAGCUGAAGCGCGUUCCCGCAGGCGGUCAGCGCGCGCCGCAGUCCCGUGCUGCGACUGAACGGUGCGUAACCAUGACAACAGCGACAGCAGCAGCGGCGGCGGCGGCGGCAGUAGCGCGGUGAAGCCGCGCAUUUAUUCCUCCGAUACACGGAAAUCUGAGCACACAUUCACGCGCGCGCACACAGAUACACAGGAGCGCAAUACACACUCCAUGUUAAUGCCCUAGGAGUGGACAGAACCGGGAGAGAACCGGGACAAAGCGGGGAAGGUGUGGACCGGAGCGGGGUCUCGCGGCACAGGUGAUGGAAUAGGUGAUGUCUGAAGUACAGGGCACUGUGGAGUUUUCUGUGGAGCUGCACAAAUUUCACAAUGUGGAUCUCUUCCAGAGAGGGUUCUAUCAGGUGAGGGCGGGGCUGAGAGUGUCGCCACAUAUUCCACACAGGUUUAUAACCACAACACCUGGUCACACAGGUGAGUGCAGUUUCACAAAGCCCGGAGUCCACGAUGGGGUUGUGUUCAGUCGAAUAUUUCAGAUCCUUUACAGGAACGAGGAGGUUUCGCUGGAGGACCGUGCCAUCUUUCGAGUCCACCUGCUACUGGAUGGGGAGAGGGUGGAGGAAGCACUAAAUGAAGUGGACUUCCACCUGCGACUUGACCUGCACUUCACUGAUGUGGAGCAACAGUUGGCUGAUAUCUCCUCAGUGCCUGUGAUCAGCAGUAGGACUCUGGGUCUCCAUUUCCACCCCUGCAGCGGCCUGCACCACCACCUUCCCGUCAUGUUCGACUACUUCCACCUGUCUGUCAUCUCCGUCACUGUCCACGCCUCUUUAGUGGCUCUACACCAACCACUGAUCAGUUUUGCACGCAGCAGUAAAGGGGCGUGGCUGGGAAAGGGCUCUCCAGAGAGUGAGGCUCCGCCUGCUAUGAUGUCAGUAGAGAACCUGAUGUUUGGGGCGGGAUACUGUAGACCCAUACUCACUGAGGGCAGUUUUUACGUGGCAUCAGAGAACUGCUUGCAGAGAGCUCAUACGUGGCACAGGACUCUCUGCCGCCUCCUGCUGGCUGCUUAUGAAGGCCUGAGCUUCUUCUAUACAGUGCUGAUGAAGGACAAUCCUCAAAUGCAGUGUUGUGAGAUAGAGGAGCUGCUGUUUGAGGAAUCACUGAACAAACUCACCAUCGAGUUACAGUUACUGAGUGGUCAUGAGAAAGUUGCCGAGCAGAUCUCUCGUGAUCUGUCUCAGCUGUGCGCCAGGCUUGCAUCUCUUUGGGCUCAGUUUGUGGAGGCAGCUGUUCCAAAUCCCCAGGUCCGCAGCUACCUCGCCCAGGAGCAUCAUAAGCUCAGGGUCAGGAGAUUCUCUGAGGGCUACUUCUUCACUGAACAUCCCAAAGAGUCUUCACUCACCUUUCAAGAGGAUCUCAUCAGUAGGCAUGCUCAGAUGGCUGUGGACUUGAGGAGUUCGGAGUAUCUCAGUCUUAUGCCCCCUCUCCCAAUUGAGUGCCUCGACAUUGAUGGUGACUGGAACAGUCUGCCAAUUAUCUUUGAGGACAGAUAUGUGGCUGCACCCUGUUUAGAUUAUAAUCCACAUGUGCCAAACCAUAUAGACUCAAACACUCAGAAAUCUACUAAUUCAGAUGAUACAGGGAAGUAUUCUAUCUCCCCAUUAGAGAGGAGAUCUCAAUCACCAGCAAUAAGCCCUAAGGAUUCUGCCUCUAAAGAAUUCAUGGACCUACCCACCUACAUGGCUCUAAUUGGAAGAGAGAAGGACUUUGUCAUUGACAGAGAGGAGACUAUGGAUGAAUUGGAAAGUCCAGUCGGCUCUUUAGAUGAGAAUACAUGUAUAGAUACAACUGAAACUGAGUUUGGAUCCAAAGUUGAAACAAUUGCUGACCGUCAUCAGGAGAGUGAGAUAAGAGAAUUGGAUAGAGCUAACACGUUAGAAGAAGAGACACAAUAUAUUGACAGAACUGGUUUGAAACAGAUAAAGGCCAGACCCAAUGACUCUGAACAAUACAAGGGGGAUGCAGUGCUGCUCAUUCAAUCAAAAAACAUGAAAUGUACUGAUCUCACUGUCCCAGAUAUUUCUUCUGAAAAUCAACAAUACAGUGAUUCAGAGAUCCAAGCAAUCUCUGAGAAACAUAGCAGCAAGGAAGAAGAGACAGUUUUGAAGGAUGCUUGCCCAGAAUCACCAGCAUUGGCCCAAGCAAAGAACACUGGAAGUGUUGAUACAUUGUUGACUAAUUCUUCUAUAACGGACGGACCAAUGACACCUCCACACAACGCCAACAUUCUGCCGAUGGACCACCCCUUGUCUGUGACGCCUCCAAGAGCUGGGUUUCUGGGCAAGUUGAAGAUAAUGAAGCGUUCUUCCUCUGUGAUUUCUGACUCUGGUAUCGAAAGUGAACCCAGCUCCGUGGCCUGGCCCUUGGAUGUCCGUGCUGGGGUUGCUGGAAGUCGUGACCCCUUGCACCAUUGUCGCCGACGAGUGCAUCGGAACUCUCUGGAAGGCCUUCAGACUGAGAGCCACGGAAGCCUGCCCAGUGCUACACAAGCCUCGCUAAGCUCCAUUAGCUCCCUGCCUUAUGAAGAUGAGGAUGAAGAACGACAAAGGCAACUGAAUACACUCACCAAAUCUGCUUCGGCUCCACAGAUCAACAGCCCUGACAACAAUAAUGACAAUGUUAUCCAGGACCCAACCAAUCAAGAGAAGGUUGUACUGGAAACUUCCAGUCAGACUAGAAAGAAAAUAGAAUGUGGCAGUGUAGUCGACAGACAGGAAAUAUCUAAUCAGGAGAUGUUUGAGGAGGUACUCUGCAAACAGAUGGGGACUUUUUUUCACAAGUUUGCAAAAGAAACACCUGAUGAAGCAAGUGAUUAUGAAGAUAUCAAAGAUUGUAGUGGUGUGUUGCAUGAUGGAGAUUCCAGUCUGCUUAAUGAAAACACUGAACUUUGUGACACUGAAUGUUGUGAACACAAGGGGUCAAACAUGGGUACUGAUAAUAAUCCUGAUAGUCACAGUUCUGAUGCCAUUAGUUUCCAUGACAUUCAACUAAGUGAGCUUGAGGAUGGUGAACUUGGGAAUAUCACAGACGAACCAAACCAUGAAAACCUGAUCAGCUAUAAUAUUGACAGUCAACCUAGCAGUAAUCCCAGUGACCUCAAGGAGCUGCCGGCCAAUGAAAGAGAGCAAACGGGGAAAGAGGGACAUGCAAGGACCAAUCAGGUGCCAAGUUCAGGCUUGGCAUUUAUGAAUAAGAAAGUGGUGGAGGUGGUGAAUCUGUCUGUUUCGUGUGCACCGACCUGCCUUCCGUUUUCUUCUGUCUUUCGUGACUCACCAUCUGUCACCGGCCUCUCCGUCCGACAGGCCAACUCCCCCAUUACCCAUCAGCCACUGGGCUCUUUUGGAAUCAUCUCAUCCUCUUCCUCCUCCCUGUGUACUGAACAGGAAAUCAGUCAGAGAAUGCUAAAUUUUUAUAAAGCUAAAGAGGCAUUUCUGGGGAAGUUAGCAUUCCGAGCGACUCUAUACAGUGAUGUUCCUCUCCUCGCAUCUGAUCACCCAUACUUCCCUCCAGAAGAGGAAGAAGAGGAGUUUGACGAUGGAAUCCACCUGGUAGUGUGUGUCCAUGGUUUAGAUGGUAACAGUGCAGACCUGCGUUUAGUGAAGACCUUCAUCGAACUCGGCCUCCCAGGGUCAAGGCUCGACUUCCUCAUGUCUGAACGCAACCAGACUGACACGUUUGCAGAUUUCGACACUAUGACGGAUCGGCUGCUGGACGAGAUAAUUCAGCAUAUUCAGCUCUACAACCUCACCGUGGGAAGAAUCAGUUUCAUCGGUCACUCUCUGGGUAACGUGAUCAUCCGCUCAGUGUUGACGAGGCCUCGGUUCCGCUGCUACCUCAGCAAACUGUACACCUUCCUGUCGCUGUCCGGCCCUCACCUCGGCACACUGUUCAACAGCAGCACACUGGUUAGCACAGGUUUGUGGCUGAUGCAGAAGCUGAAGAAGUCUGGAUCCCUGCUUCAGCUCACCUUCAAAGACCACUCAGACCCCCGGCAGACCUUCCUAUACACACUCAGCAAGAAACCUGGGCUGCAGUUCUUUAAGAAUGUGGUGUUGGUAGCAUCCCCUCAGGACCGGUACGUCCCCUUUCACUCCGCUCGCAUAGAGAUGUGCAGAAGUGCUCUGAAGGACAGGACCACGGGUCCUGUGUACAUGGAGAUGAUAAACAACCUCCUACAACCGCUGAUGGACACUCCACAGUGUCGUGUGAUCCGUCACAACGUGUUCCAUGCCUUACCCAACACGGCUAACACGCUGAUCGGCCGAGCCGCCCACAUCGCCGUGCUCGACUCGGAGCUGUUUCUUGAGAAAUUUCUGCUCGUCGCCGGCCUCGAGUACUUCAAAUAGCCAAUUAGACAGCAGGUUUCAGGGCUACGCUACAUUGACUGGCCAGUCAGCAAGUUCCCAGAGCCCUUUACUGUGUCCACCAGCCAAUCAGAAAGGUCCCUGGCUGCUUUUUUAAUAAGGAGACGCGUCCAUCCGUUUACAUCAGGGCUAUUCCUCUUUAAAUAGUCCAUCUGAUUGCAGCUUGGAGGCUAUCCGAUAUCCAAAGGUGACCUGGGCCAAAUCAAGCCAAAUUAGAUUAAGCUUAAUAUUUACCACUCAAUGGCUACUUUAAUAAAGAGUGGAUCGAACACUGUAAGUGACCAAUCAGAUUCGGAUGAAAACAGGGGUUGAGCCAAUUUAAGAAAUCAUAAUGGCCAAUCGGAGCAGAACCCUGGAUCGCAUCCAUUAACCUAUCAGAAUAUCCCCAGGUUAUGGCGCAUUGUAAACAGCCAAUCAGAUCACACCUCGGAAGCCAUCCACCACUCAAAUCCAACCCAGAUUGGGUCAGAAACAAAAAUAUAUCCAUGCAUUAGAGAGAAAAUAUGCAUUUCUUAAUUGGCCGACGAGGUCAUAUCUCGUAUCUCACUGG